AUGGAACAACUCGUAGACGACCUUGAGGCUCUGAAGUCCGACAAGUUUGCAUUUCCGAAAUCAUCACUCCAGGAAGAGUGCGAGCGCCUUUAUCAAGACAUGAACACAAGCAUAUCCUCAUUUAUCUGCGACCUGAGCCCAAACGAAGAUCUUCCCAAACUGCGAUCUGGCUUUUCGCAAUUAUCGCAGAGUUGGGCGAGGCGGCUAUUUGGCAGCGACAUGAGCGUGCUUCUUACACAUGCCCACAAGGCUGAGAUUCCCAAGUGCAAAGUCGUUGCUGCUGUUAUAACAGCUGGGAUCUUUGAGCUUGUCUUUGAGUCCGAGUUCCCAGAGAUGUUGUCCAUCGAAUCACCGUUUUUUACUGAGUUCAGAAGGCUUGUGUCAAUUUCAGGAGGAAGAAGUAAGUCACGAAACAUUGAGCUUGCGGCAAUCAAGUCAGUUUUCGCCAACGAUGAAGUCAAAAAGAAAUUGAUACACGAGAAAGCCAAGUGA